AUAUCAUCUUGUAACCAAACUUCUGCUCUGCUUAUCUUGUAACCAAACACUCUCGACGGCGAGGGCGAAUAUCAGAGCGUUCUGCUUCAGCGGCCAAUGGCGAGUUCCGCCCCGCUCCCCGUCUCCGGAACUGUACUUUCCGGCGAGUUCCGUCUUCCAACUACUUCUCUUCGAAUACUGAGGAAAAGCUUUUCCUUAUCAUUCCUCUGUGAAGAUCUAUCGCUACAAUACCAGUGUUCUUGGCGAGCACCCAGAAGCCAAAUUUCGAAAUUCUUCAGGAACUCUCGGAUUUCGGCUUUGGGGAAGGGAGCUGAAGAUGGGUUCCGACGGAGCGUUAAUGAAGAUACGGAUGAGGAGUUGGAUGAAUUGUUCAAAAAGUAUGGGAAGGUUGUUUACCGGAGUAAAGACCAAAAACCUCCGACUGCUGAGGUUGACGAUGAUGCCGAAAGCCUAGCUUUUGCUGUGGAGAUGGCCAAAGUGGCAAGCGACGUGAAAGCUGCAGACAUAAAGGUCCUCUUUGUGAAGCCACUCGUGUACUGGACUCGGUUUUUCAUCAUAGCUACCGCAUUUUCACGGCCUCAAAUUGACGCCAUUGGGUCCAGGAUUAGAGAUCUAGCAGAGAACAAGUAUGGAAAAGUUCCCAAUGGAGACUCAAAGCCGAAUUCUUGGACAUUACUGGAUUUCGGGGAUGUUGUGAUCCAUAUAUUUCUACCGCCACAAAGAACGUUCUAUAACUUGGAAGAGUUUUACGGGAAUGCAACACCCAUCGAACUUCCCUUUAACCAGCCACCACCACGCAUCUGAUUGCCACUUACUAUGGUUUCUUGCUGAAAACAGCUUUUGGGUGUGAAGGAUGAUGGAAUUUGCAGGCUAAGAUCUUCUCCAUGUGUGUUGUUAAGACUAAAUCAUGCAAGAAUCAUCAGGAGCCUUCUUCUGGUUAACAAAUGAUAAUGUAUGCCUUAGUGGGGCGUGUUCUCGUUUACAGGAUCCGUGAUGAAAAAACAAAGAUUCAAACGACAUACCUAUGUCAUGAAUGGCGCAGAAACCGUUUUCUAUCAA